AAAAGAAGUUACCCGAAGAAAAAAAAAGGAAUAAAAAUGUGAAUUAGUCAUUCAACUACGUAACUCAUUCUUUUAUAUGUCAACCAACACAAUUGAUUUCAAAGUGAGCUUUAGGCUUAAAACGAUUCCCUUUGAACAAUGGGACUUAGCCUCUACUAUUGAACAAGUGAAGCAAUACCUUGAACAAGAGUCUGGCUUGCCACCAGAUAGUCAGAAAUUAAUGUUCAAGGGACGCAUACUGAAAGACGAUCAAGCUACUUUAGAUCAACUCGGGAUAAAGCAAGGCACUAAACUGAUGUUGACUGGAAGUUUGCCUACCCAGAUUCAACAAGUCAAUCAACUUGACAAGAAGAUUGAGGAACAAAAGCGAUUAGCACCUAGCAUUCGUCUCAAGAAGAAUCAACUUGGACAAAGACAAGCACCUGAUCCCAAUGCCAAAUAUACCUUUCACAAGAUGUCUGUUAUUGAAGAGUUUCCUCAUCCUGAAAAAGCAAAAAAGUUGUUGGAGAAACUACGAGAUGAUCGAGGUAUUCGAGCCAUUAUGGCAGACAGAAAAUGGUCUGUAGGCGAACUGAUAGAAUUAACGCCUUUCGAAGCCUCUAUUCUUGGAUACAAUCGAAAUGCCGGUCAACUAAUUGCGCUUCGAUUAAGAACUGAUGAUUUAUCUGGAUUUAGACACUAUGACUCUAUUCGAAAAGUACUACUGCAUGAAUUGACACAUAACGUAUGGGGAGACCAUGAUGAUAAUUUCCAUGCUCUCAACAGACAACUCAAUAAGGAUGUCAUUCGUCUAGAUUGGACUGCUCAUGGUGCUCAUCAGUUAGGCAGUGGUGAUUUUUAUCAACCACUUGAAAAACAAGAAGACAUAGAAGAAGCACCCGUGUAUCGAUUAGGCGGAAACUCAGGGCAACUGCUUGAUACACCAGAAGCAAGAAGACAGAAAAUGGCUGCAGCUGCACUUUCAAGGCUAACAAAAAAAGAGGAGCAAGAAAUGGAUGAAGGGUGUGGAUCUUCUUUAUAGAAUUCGAUAGAAUCGCAUCACAAGUAUUGAUAAAAUACAAAAGGCAAAGAUACAAAACACGAUACUAAAAAACCAAUAAAGAUCUUCCUGAACUAUUUAUGAGUCUUUUCAGUAAGUGUCAAUACUUUUUACCUGAGAUUGUCCAGGCACUUGCA